AUGGGGCGACGGCGGAGCCGGGUGGAAGGGGCUGCCCGGGCUCUGCCUGAGGCUGUCGCCGCGCUGAGUCGGUCCCUGCCAGCUGGGCCCAGCCCCGAAAUCUUCCGUCGCGCAAAGUUCGAUCGACCAGAGGCGGCUCCAGUGCUCUGGCAGCUUCUCUUGCGCGUGCUCUCAUCGCUUGCAGCAAACAAUACCUGGACAGACCUUGCCCCAGAGGCCCAAGUCCGUGUGGUGAAGUCAGCACUGGAGUCCCAAGGCUACCCCAGGUCUGUGCUGCUACAAUUUCCCGACGGCAGUUCUCAGGGAAGCCGGGAACUGCUGCUGGCCUUAUCCUGGCUCCUGGCCCGAAGACCUUUGCUUGAGCAACUGCUUGCCCAGACCCGUGUCCAGCUGGGUGACCAGUUGCCCCAGUGUGAGGCCCUAACCGGUCCUGGUCCUCCUACACCCUUUGUGGAAACGAAGAGUCCUGUGGAUCUCCGGCUAGUGCAAUGGCUGAUGGGAAAGCUGCGGUUUAGGUGGCGAUGCCUCAUCUCUAGUCAGCGGGAGCAGUGUGCCCUUCUCAGCAAGAUCCACCUGUACACCCAAGGGUGCCACAGCCAACAGAGCCUUGGCCAUCUUUCGGUUGCUGAAACAGAGAUGCUUAGAGAUCCAGAGAGCUGUCAGCAGGUUGGAGGCCUAGGUCAGGGGCCAGAGUGGAGCAACUCAAGGAAGGCCUUGCAAGACGCUGUCGAGCAGGAGUUGGCAGCCCUGCAGGGGUCCUGGGAACAAUGCAGUAACCCUGCCCAUCCACAAAGACCCCAUCGACUGGUGAGAAGUAAAGAUGGGGCACCAAGACCCCAAGGCCUACAGGCAGCCGAGAUGAUCAGGACACUGAGCACCAAGGAGGCCCGUCUGAAGAAGGUGUUACGUCAGCUACAGCAUCAGUGUCAGCAGGAGCUGGCCAGGCUGGCUGGCGCUCUGCCUGGCUUGAUUUGGGUUCUGCCUCCUGGGCAUUGAAGACCCCUAAGAUGUCCUCAUCUGUGUAGAGGUCUGGGUAGGAUCUCAGAGGAGCAGACGGGUGGCAUGGAGCAGAGAUCCAGGCCUAUGUUCCCUCCAGGGCCAGAGCCCUUUUGCCUACAGUUUUGGUGUUGCAACAGGCUGAUCCCCUGAGAGGUUUGGAGGGGACCUAUAUAUACAUGGUAGAGCUGUUCCUGGGAA